UGUGUGUGUAUCUCUCCCCUCAUAAAACACCAGAACGCACAUCAUCAUCAUCAUCAUCAUCAUCUGCCUCUGUGGGACUGGGACACAGAUGACACAGACACACACAGCAGACUCUUCAUUAAGAGAUGCUUUGAGAUCUCAUGUGUCCAAAUUCAUUAAAUCAUUCUGCAGAUAUAUGAGCUGAGAUGAACACUUUUGACAUCUGAUGGUUACAUCUCUGCGUGAUUUUCCUUCCAAUGUAAAUAGUUUCCAAUAUACUCAACAACUAAAAAACAUUCAUGCAAAAGUUUUUCUUUAUCCAAACUUGAUUCAAUAACCCAAAAAAACAUUCGGCUGCCAACACAAAAACCACAAAAGCCAAAGAACCCUGUUCUUCUACAAUCACACACCUAUCAUUUCCAUCCAUCCGUGUGACCAUAAUGUCGAAGGACAACUGUAAGGUGGGCUGUAAACACAAGGAACGAAAGCCGAAAAAGCCGCACUACAUCCCUCGACCGUGGGGCAAACCCUACAACUACAAAUGCUUCCAGUGCCCCUUCACCUGCAUGGAAAAAUCCCACUUGUACAACCACAUGAAAUACAGCCUGUGCAAAAACUCCUUAUCUCUGCUCAUCGAAUCAGACUGGCCCUAUAAAAAAGGCAGCCCGCUUCAACCGGACCAUCUCCGACUCCAGCAGGGAAAUCUACGCUCCCGCAGUCCUACCAAGAGUCAAUCCGAGCAGGCCGGGAUGCCCGAAGAACCUCUUCAUUCAGACUUGGAGGUGGGUGAGAACGCAGAGGGAGAGACUGGAGAGAAAGAUGAUGAGGUGAUCGAGGCUAACAGAUCUGCGGUUCUCAGUCCAGAACCAACUGAGACGUGUCCUAAAGAAGGAACCAAACGUUCCAAGCAGGAAGCGGACCUUGUGAUGGCUGACAUGUUCUCGCUCGAAGAGCAACUCUUGCGAGCACGCUCGGUUGAAGUGGAAUCCAAACUAAGACACUACAGGUUGUCUAAAACAUGCCUCACUGGACCGGCCGCUUUGCUUUCGGAGCAAUGGCGCAUCCUUAGCAACCAGACGUCUAGUACCAAACCCAAAUCAGACACCAUCCCAUCUUCCUUGUCGUGCUAUCCUCCGCCAGCGUCAACAGGACAACUAGAAAGUUCUGACGCUCCGGGUUUCAAUCUGUCUUUGCUUGGCGUCGGAUACCCGCUGGCCCCCGGGCUCCUCUCGUAUCUAAACCCUGCAUUGGGCAUCCCUGCGGCGUCGGGCACAGCGAACCCAACAGCACACGCUCAGAUCUCUCCGCUACCCUUCCUGGGAUCAAACGCACAGUUCGGUCAUCCGCAAAGACAUUCAGAUCGACCUCUGAUUCCUCCUCAACUCUAUUACCCUUUCCUUUGUGAGCACAGCUUUGCAGCUACACCUGCCUCAGCUGCAGGUAGCGAGACGAGUAAAAUGAUCAAACCUCCCACGGUUGGUCUGACCCCACCUGGGUCGUACUCCUCCAAACUCAACCUCUGGAAGGUUCCGGCUUUGCGGCCGGUGUCCAAUCAAACCUCACCUGCGUCCUGGCUUUCUCCAAAAAGUUCCUCACCUGAACCGAGUCACGGUGUAAAGGAGAGGCUCCGGUCGAGAGAAGAGAAGAGCUGCUGGCACCAGGACGCUUCCUUCACCAGAGAGCAAAGUUUAAAGAGGACGGCGACAUCCAUGGACUCUCACGGUGCACCGCUGGAGAAGAAACCAGCAUUUGAGUUUCCAAUCGACGUUAAAAGCUCUCAGAAAUCCAGCAGGAUACCUGCACACAGCGCCCGCAGUGAAGCCGCCUCCCCACCGCAUGUGUCUGAACAGCUGGAGGUGAGACAGAGAGAAAUGGAGAGAGAGACGGACCCUGCGGCUGCGCUCCUGCAAGAUUUCUCCACCCUGCUGCGUGAGUACCAGAACACAGAGCAGAGAGCCGCAUCACUUCCGGAGCGGAGCCACCUGUGGGCUCACCUGGGAAAGAUCCGCACGGAGCUGUCACAUAUUCAACAGGCGUUGGAGCGGACGGCUCGAUUCAACGAAGGACCCCUCGACUUAUCCGUCAAAAAGCAUCCAACGGGAACGACGAACACGUCAGGAGCUCCUGUAGAAACUAAAAACACGGCAGAGGAAAACUACUCGGACACAGAAGAGGAUGAAGAUGAGGAUGAUGAGGAUGAUGGACAGACAGUGAGAAACAAACAGAAGUGUUCAUUGGACACAUUGAUGAAGCUCCAUCAAUCACAGAUGCCUGUGGUGAAGACCGAGGUGAUGUCUGAUGGAGGACUCGCGAUUCGUUCUGAUAGCGCUAACGUUCUGUGGCACAGCAGAACCACGAAGUGUGAAGCCGACUCGAGCGUUCUUCUAUGUUCCAAAACCCCAAACAGACCUCCAUCCAUACAACAUCUAGACACACUGUGUCCGACCAGCCCAUUAACAACCACUGAUACGAUGGUGUAGUUGACAUAAAUAACCGCACAUGUCAGAAAGAGAUGAACUUUCCUAAUUUGCACAAACACAGGGGUGCAGAAGUCCGAGAACACUAUGUUUUCCAGUGAAUUGACACUUAAUGAUUUAUUUUGCUGUAAUGACACCAUGUACAAAACAUGGAGAUACGUGUUAAACUCUUAAAAAUAAAGGUGCCUCACAAUGCCAUAGAAGAUCCAUUUUUGGCUACAUGGUUCCUUAAAGGUGCGGUGUGUACAUUUUAGCGGCAUCUAGUGGUGAGGUUGCAAAUUGCAACCAACGGCUCAUCCACAGCUGACCCCUCGCUUUUGAAAUGCAUAGAGAAGCUACGGUAGAUGCCACAGGACAAACAUGUCUACAUCAGAGGCAACUUAUUAAACAAAGUUUGUCCGUUAAGGGCUUCUGUAGAAACAUGGUGACACAAAAUGGUGGCUUCCAUGUAAGGGGACCCGCAGUGUAUGUACA